AUGAUCCGCCAAAUUCUCCAACGGGCCCUUUCCCGUCACAAUCGCCUGCACAAAAAACCCAAACAUCGAAAACAUAGCAAGCCUCCCAUUCUUCAACUCCUUCACUUUCAACUCCGCAAAAGCUUCCGGGUCAUCCGCCAAGCCCAACGGGUCAAAACUCCCGCCCGGAUACAACGGGUCAGUAACCUCACCCAGAGGCCCACCAGCAAUCCGGUAGCCCUCAACCGCGCCCAUCAAAACAACUUGCGUGGCCCAAAUAGCCAAAAUGCUCUGCGCGUGGAUCAAACUCGGGUUACCCAAAUAAUCGAGCCCACCAUCGCUGAAUAUUUGGGACCCGGCUUUAAACCAAACGGCCUCGCCGAAUUUGACUCCGUUUCGGGCCAAGAGCUCGGGGAAAACGCAGCCGAGGGCCCCGAGCAUGGCCCACCUGGAGUGGAUGACCUCGAGUUCUCGAUUCUUGGCGAAGGUUUCGGGGUCGGCCGAGAGGCCGGCGGUGUCCCAGCCAUAGUCGCCGGGGAAUUCGCCGGUGAGCUCGGGGGCUCGCCGGAGAAUGGGCCGAGGUAUUUGACGCGGUCCGGGCCGUACCACGGGCUUCCGGAGGAAGCUGCGGGCUUGGGCUUUGAGGUUGUUUUCCUCAUAGUGAUUCCCUCAACAAUGGCCCUCUCCUCCUCUGCCUUCGCCGGCAAGUCGGUGAAGCUCUCCCCAGACACCGCCUCCGAAAUCUUCGGAACCCCACGAAUCACGAUGAGGAAAACGACCUCCAAGCCCAAACCCGCGGCUUCCUCCGGCAGCCCGUGGUACGGCCCUGACCGCGUAAAAUACCUCGGCCCGUUCUCCGGCGAGCCCCCGAGCUACCUCACCGGCGAAUUCCCCGGCGACUACGGCUGGGACACCGCCGGCCUCUCGGCCGACCCAGAAACCUUCGCCAAGAAUCGGGAACUCGAGGUCAUCCACUCGAGGUGGGCCAUGCUCGGGGCUCUCGGUUGCGUUUUCCCCGAGCUCUUGGCCCGCAACGGAGUCAAAUUCGGCGAGGCCGUGUGGUUUAAAGCCGGGUCUCAAAUAUUCAGCGAUGGUGGGCUCGAUUAUUUGGGUAACCCGAGCUUGAUCCACGCGCAGAGCAUUUUGGCCAUUUGGGCCACACAGGUUGUUUUGAUGGGCGCGGUUGAGGGCUACCGUAUUGCUGGUGGGCCUCUUGGUGAGGUCACCGACCCGUUGUACCCGGGCGGUAGCUUCGACCCGUUGGGCUUGGCGGAUGACCCGGAAGCUUUUGCUGAAUUAAAAGUGAAGGAGCUCAAGAAUGGCAGGCUUGCCAUGUUCUCCAUGUUUGGGUUCUUUGUGCAGGCCAUUGUUACAGGAAAGGGCCCAUUGGAGAAUUUGGCGGAUCAUCUUGCUGAUCCGGUUAAUAAUAAUGCUUGGGCCUAUGCUACCAACUUUGUUCCUGGGAAAUGA